UGUUGCUUUGUGAAAAAUUGUGAUGUAACUGAUUUCGUGGCUAAAGCUAAGCUGAAAAGGUCAAAAACUGGAAUCAAACAAGGUAAAGAGUUGGAGGGGAUCGAGUUUAACUCCUGACACCAAGAGCGCUACCCUUCAUUAGAAUAGUUUUGAAAAAAAAGAGUUAUGAAGUUGUUUCUUCUUUUUCUAAAAAACUGAUGAAAUCACUGAACGUAGAGUUCAAUUUAUUAUUGGAAAAAGGCGAAAAGUAAAGGUACUUGUUGUAACAGAAUGUGACCUAAUACAUGUAGUACAUAAGUAAUAAUUAAAGAACUCCCGGAUCUUCUUCCUUCGGGUCUAACGCAACUGACUCGUGUUCUGAGUUUGAUCUUUUAAAUCUUUAAAUCCCACCCCAUCAUGACAGAAGAAAUGAAUUCAACAUUUGUCAACAAGCGUUAUCAUAUAAACACACGAGGAGGGAAGCAAUGGUGGAGAGAAAAGCUGGCCACAAAAGAAUUAACUUACAGCAAACUCAAAGUGUUUUUAAUAAAUUCCGAGGUUGCAGGCCCUGCAUUAACUCAUAUUUAUAUUGUUUUUGUUGACAUGACAGAUCACCAUCCAGUAAUAUGGCAGCUGAUUGGAUUUCUUGUACUGACAUCAUUGGCGUUCGGCCUGUAAGCCUUGGAAGCCACGUUUUGCUUUUUUGUGUAUCAUAUUAGUUCAACAAGAUGAAAGCGGAGACAGAUGUGAGAUUUUAACCUCAGCGAGGAACGUUAACAAAAGGAAAUAAGUUAUUAACACUAUAUAAUCCUGGACCUCAAGACAUAGCUAUUUUCGUGUUCAGUGUAAAGCCUGGCAAUUGCUUAAUUUUUUGUUUAUCGGUAAAGUAAUCAGUACAAUCUAAGGAACUCUGAAUUUGUUGUACCCCCUCUAGCACAGUAAGGUAUGAAAAGUAUCCUUAUCGAUGUGUCCCUGCACAUCAAUAUAAGAAAUGCUCGAGUAAGCACAAGAAAGCAGUGAAGUUUAUUUUUAAGUAGAGCUGAUUGUAUUUUAUCUUAGUUGUAAUCAAGGAUUACAGUUUAGUUUAGUAGUGUUCAUUUAUUUUAUACAAGAUGGAUGUCUUUCUGGUAGCUAAGGAAACAGCGAGAACUUUCUAAGUCUUUAGACUCUUAGCCUGAGGGCUUGCCCUUUCCUUUCACUCUGACUGCACUUUAUUGUUAACAGUACGGAAUUGUCUAGUGGUGAAAUAAAAGAUACAAAUACCAAGUCUGUGGGGGAGAUUAAUGUUUGCUGGACUGGAAAAAAUAGUUAAAUAUCAAAUAUGAGAUAAGUUACUGAAAUUAAAGUGCAUUACUAGAAUAGAGAAAAAUGGUAUCUAGUCUAUGUUUGAGAUGCUAUAAGGCCAUAAUGGUGCAGUAGGGACAUUGGGGAUUGUUUAGCGGUAAAUACCGCGUAUUUCCUUAACAAGUGGUCCACAAAGAGUCUUCGAACUGAACGUGCCGGCAAAAUAUGCCACCAUUUAAGAACUGUAGUAACCCACUGACUUCCAUAAUGGAAUAUUUGAGUACAACUGAUUCGUGAUUUAGUAUACUUAAGCGCGUCAGUUUCUUAUCGAGCUAGAAAAAUAUCAACUCUUAAAGCUAAAUAUUGAAACGAGUUGAGAAUAUCAACUUCUGGCAUGAUUCCUUUUCUACACAAAUUCGUAUGCCAAUUAGUCGAAAUAUAAGCGAUGUCGUAAGCAAAGGUCAUUAUCUGAGAAACAGUGGUGGUGGCACGAACUGUCGCACGAAUGUGCUGACAGUUUGCGUUAUGCACGAAUGCUUCAUGAACAGCAUGAUUUAUGCCAAUUUUCAAUAACGGGUCAACAACAAUACAGCGAGCUGAGUAGCAAAUCUACUUGUAUGCCAGAAGACAUUUCAUCAUCAACAUGGUCACAAAGAUGGAGAAUGGUUCCUUGAUGUUCUUGUUGCUUUUUCUUCUCACAGUUUGUUUGACAAUAUCACCGCUAGUGGAAGCCAAUACUAAGACCCAGUCUCUACGCUCGAUACUGAACCACUUCACCGACACAAGAAAUGUUUAUAUCGAUCCUGUCGCCAAACAGAGAGCACGCGACUUCAUCGUGAACAUGUUUAAGGAUCACGGAUUGCACACGUGGACUGAGGAGUUCCCUAGUAACCAAGAAAAGUAUCCAGGAGUGAAUGUCAUUGGUAGACUGCCUGGUCGCUUCACCGGAACACGUGACGAUAAAAUGGUUUUGAUUGGUUCCCACUAUGACACAGUGCAGACCUCUCCCGGUGUUGAUGACAAUGGUUCCGGAAUGACCGCUUUACUGCAGGCUCUAAAGCUUAUCACCAUUCCGGAAACCUUCAAAUCGAUCGCCGUUUCGCUAAUAUCAGGCAGACCAAGUACCUGGAACCAAAUCUACCAGAAUGCUGUCUACAAUUUCUUUCGCUCAGACCAUUAUCGUUUCUGGAAUGCCGAGCCCUCGUUACCAGCGGUCUUCCUUACCGAUUCCGCGGAUUUCCGGGGAUACAUGCAACAGUGUUACCACGAGAAUUGUGACGACAUCAGUCAUGUGACCCCGGUGAUGGUGGAGUUUUUGGGGCAAACAGCUGACGGCUUGGUGGAAGUGGCCACAAACAUGACAAGUGAAAAAUGUCAAACGAAGAAAACCGCAGAUUGCGGAAUUCAGCAGCUAACAACUGCAGAAGGAGAAAUUAUGACACCGUACUACAACACAGAGUAUCCUAACAGUCUGGUUUGCGAGUGGAUUAUUUCAGUGAACGCUGAACAGAAAGAUCUCAGGCUCACGUUCACAGCGUUUGAAUUGGAGGAGAGUGUUAACUGUACUGCAGACUAUGUUGUUAUGCGGAAUGGAAAAGACAAAUCAGCGCCGUUGAUUGGAAAGUACUGUGGGAGGACUUUACCAGAGCCUGUUUAUGCCUCGGCUCAGUCCCUGUAUAUCAUGUUUCACUCGGACGAGCUGGAUGCCUUCAAAGGUUUCAAAGCAGAUUGGACGUCAACCGAAGCACCUACCAUCAAGAGUACUGCGCAUGGACCACCUACCAUUAAGAGUGCUGCACAUGAUUACCAUCCAGUAACGUGGCAGCUGAUUAGCUUUCUUGUCUUGACGUCAUUGGCGAUCGGCCAGUAAGCAACGGAAGCCCCACUUUGCUUUUUCUUAUAGUUUUGAGUACUAGUUCAAGUUGCUAUAGUUAGCUUACAUCUUGAAAACAGAAGAGUGCUAGGUGGAUAUGAGAUUUCAGUGCAGUGCUUGAUUCGCAUAAACUAUAAUUAGAACGUUAGGUUCUUUUUUACUGGUGUCUGAAGUAGACCUCGCGAAAAUGAACCUCUACGAGAAACGUCAGCAAAAGGAAAAGAAUGAUGCUUAAGAAAAUUUGUAUUAUUCAACGUAAGCUGAACUUGGUAGGUUAUCUCUUCUUAAAGAUUUCAGUCAGAAAAUAAUCAAUUACUCGUUAUAUCUUCAAAGUAAGGACAUUUGCUCUAUUGGUAAACAAAUCUUUCUCGUGUCAGAAGAUCUUCAUCACGCUGGUGAAAAUAGUUUCUAUUCUAAAUGCAAAUAAGUAUAUCUGAAUUUUGCAAUUUGCCUUGUUUUGAUCUUACGUACUUAACUAACGCUAAAAUCGAACAUUAUGUUAGCCUAAUGCAACAGUAUAUUUUAUACUGGCAACAUAACAUGCAAUACUCUAAUAAACUAGAAUUUUUCAACGCUGUUAAGAACUAUUA